UUACGUAAACCUUCAUGAGCAUGUGAGAAUUGACAACCUUAAAAAGCCGUUAAACGGCAACAACCAGCUGAAGUUUCAACUUUCAACUUUUCUUUCUUCAUAUCUACCAAAUUUGUUUGCUUUUCUUUUUUUAACAUUUAAUAAUUUAAUAGGCCAAAAAAUAGUAAACAGAUUCUUCAAUGGAGACAAGAAUAAGAGGGUAAAACAAUUGAUUAGAUCAGGUUAGCAAAUUGGCAAAGAAUUGAAAUCUGAAACGUAAAAAUUUUCUAGAAAUUACCACAGAGACAAAGGCCAAUUUAGUUAAGGUCAAGACCGGUGGUCAAGAUGGUUCUUCACAGGGUAAGUUUGAUGCUGCUAUGAACAGGAAGAAGAUUGAAAGCUCCAGCAAACAGCUUGUUGAUGCAAAGCAAAAAUCUGUGUCAACUGUCACGACAAAAACAGAGGUGCCCAUCUCAAAUUUCCUGGUAAAAUCGAAGACAAGUUCAAGUUCAUCAAAAACGGCUACAACCACCAAAACUAAAGUUAGAGAGAAGAAGGUCUAUACUUUGCCUGGCCAGAAACAUGAUCCUCCUGAAGAGAGAGAGCCAUUACGAAUAUUUUAUGAGUCUUUGUUGAAACAAAUACCAACAAGUGAAAUGGCAGAAUUUUGGAUGAUGGAACAUGGCUUAUUGUCCCUUGAAAAAGCCAGAAAAGCUUAUGAAAAAAAGCAGAGGAGGCAGAAGGAACUUCGGACUGGCACUCCAAUUAAAUCUUCAAAACCAAGCAGCAAACCUGAGAGUUCACAGAAGCAGCAGCUGGCCUCAAACAAUGGAGAUGUAAAAGCCAAGAAAAGAAUCAACAAUGCUAUUGAUGAUGAUGAUGACUUCAUUUUAAGUCCCAAGAGAAGGAAAGGGUCCAACUUACUAUGCAGGAAUUAAUGAAUAGAACAAACUUAUAACUUGAAUCAUCUGUGAAUGGGCAAUGCAUGUGACAAACAAUCGGUGAAGCUGCUGAUUCAGAUCAUGGACGUUGGUGUUCUCUCUACUGUCUCUAUUGAAGUGCACCAGCCAUUAAAGAUUGCCAAAAGUAGUAAGCAUCUUUUUACUGUUGGAUGCAAAGCGAUGAAACUUUUCUGUGCGUGAUUUUUUUAGUAGGUAUCAGGUUGGAUGGUAUAUUGAGUGAUCUGGUAUACAACUACACCACGCCAGGUGAAAAGAAAAUGACUGACUACAUAGAAGGUGAACUAAUUUAUUAACUAUGUUCGGAUACUCCAAGAUUUUGUUGAACAAUUAUGAACAUAAAUACGACUGAAUACUUCAUUUUUAGGAUACAAGAAUUUGUGGGAUUUGACACUCCAGGCUGGUUGAGUGGCUGUCAAUCCUGAAUGAAUAUUAAAAAUUAUAGGGAAAAUGUAUUCCUUGGAAAAAUAUCUGAAGAAGAAAGGAAGCAUCACACUAAUGAAGGAACCAUGAAUUAAUGUUCACCAAUGGCAGACUGGGCAGUAGAAUGCAGCCGAUUAAAGAAAUGGUUUUGGGGGUCCAAAACACCAACUCAAGGGACAACUAGGGCUGCAAAUACCUGGUUUGUGGAUAAGAAAACUUUUGUCGUCUAUUCUGAUUAUGGCCCAAAAAUUUAUUAGAACUGCACAGGUAAUGCUGUUAUUUCCUUUGAUCAUUGACUAUCCUUAGAGUUGAUAUAACUUGGCAACAAUUUCGCCACACUCACUUCUUACCUCUUCAGUUUGAUG